CACCGACGACUCGAUUCUUAUAGCGACGGACGAGAUCGACGGUAUCUGGCCCUUCCUGCAGAGCGCCUGUUUCUCUCAAUUACACUAUGCUCUCUACGCAAUAAAAUGUAGUAGCGCUCAACAAGGAGAAGAAAAAAGAAUUGCAAACAUGUUCAGAAAGAAUACGAGAGAAUACUUCAACAAUAAAUGUUUCUUAAGUUGCGCCUUCUUUGUAAUUGAAAUGACAUAGAGAAUACAUAUUUAUACUCUGAAGAAAGAGGGGAACAAAGAAAUGAAAUGCUGGAGGUAUCACCGAAACAUACAAGUCUGCUAUAUAUGAGCUGGAGAAGCGCAGGAAAUCAUCAAACAUUGCAAAUCAUUUUGCGUCACAGUGCAACAACUUUGCGCUCCAAAGUUUUAAUCGGCGCUCUUGCUCAUUGCCACGCUGCACUUUCAAUAAAAUCCGGUUGUUCUGCCCAAAUGCGGAAUGCAACAACAUAUCAGAUUUCGUCAGAAUAAGAGCAGUCUCUUCGCAGUCUUAUUAACGCUGGUUGAUCUUGUUAUCGCCCGUGCAAUGAGAAACAGGAUUCAGUUGGAAUGUAAACAGAAAAAAAUUUCGAUCGAUGAUUUUUGUCGAGUUUUCAUUGCCGUUCCUGCGGCAGGAAAUGAAAAGAUUGAUUGGAGAGAUCCAUGGCUGGCUGUCCUGUUGACUUUUCACAUUGCCAUCACAAUGACCGCAUUAAUGACUAGGAAUCAUGCAAAUUUUCAGAUAAUUUUGUUUCUUGUACUCUUACUCCUGGUUUAUUUCUCAGAGAGCAUUAAUGAAGUUGCAGCAACAAAUUGGAGGGUAUUCUCCAGACAGCAAUAUUUUGAUUCGAAGGGCUUAUUCAUAUCCAUCGUUUUUUCUGUGCCUAUCUUAAUAAAUUGUAUGAUCAUGGUGGCUAGCUGGCUCUAUCAGUCCAGUCAGUUGAUGACAAGUCUAAAGAGGGCUCAGCUGCGACAGCAGGCCAAAAAUCGCCAGUUGGACGGUGAAACAAAUAAUAGCAAAAUGGCAGUCCGGCAGAAAAACGAUUGAAAUUCCGAGAUCUAGUCAUACCGCGGAGAACUAAAACAGUACAGGAUAUAUGUUAUUUAAUUUAAGGACAAAAUGCAGAUUAUAUCGACUACAUCGACUUGUAUAAGUUCUAGUUUAGGUUUCACGGAAUGCUGUGUACACUUGGCCAUUAUUGAUUCGAUAAUCGCUCUGAUCUCGAUCACAUGUUUACCAGUUUGAUACUUUGAGGGGAAAAAAAGAGCUAUGUAUGCAUAAUUUUGCAUAUAUGUAUAUAUAUAUUUUAUAUAUAAGAUUAAAUUUUUUAUGUAUACAUAUAUUGCUAUAUAAAAAAUAUAUAUAUAUAUAAAAAGCUUAUGUAUAUUAUAUAUAGCUUUUAUAUAAAUCUGUCUUGGUGCAAUCAGAAUGAUAAUAGACGUCAGAAUUGCCUAGUCAAGCUUUCAUGUUAGAAGGUACCUCUACGAUUAUCGUGCUGCAUUGAACUUUACGAAAUCAAGCUGAUUCUCCAACAAAUACGGGAAACGAUGAUGGAUUAAUAAGAGAUAUAAUCAGUCGUACAAACGAUCAUUGUAUUGGACCGUGCACAGUUGCAAUAAUGCGGCAGAAAACAUUGUUACCUUAUCAUUAAGGAACAUUCCGGUAAUUUAUUUCUGUUUUUAUAUUAAGAUGCUGGUCGUGAAUCAAAGUGUUCUUAAUGUAUGAUUAAUGUACUUAUAUUACGUAACGUAGUGCAGGCAUGUCACUUUUACCAUAACAGCUCUACUGUAAAGAGAUAUAAAGGCUCUAGACUAUAAUAAUAGACCAUUUAUGGAUGUGCAUGUGUGUAUCUGCACGAGUGAAUACGCAUUCUACGAAUGCGAAGUGAUAGCCUUUUGAAUCGUGCUUUGCAAUUUUGUGAGAGAGAGAGAUCGAGAGAUGUAGAAUGAUCCGAGAAUGCUGUAUUGCGUCAUUUUCUGAGUUGUAUAUUGAUGUAAAUCAAAGCGCAUUGUCUUGCCGCUUUUAUAUUUAAUACGCGUUUAACCGUUUUAAAAUAAUAAAGUAUUUGUUAAUAC